UUUUUAGAUUUGCUGAAAACCAUCAAAAUUAUAAUGGCAAAAAUCCAAACUCUGCUUUUAAUAAUCGCUGUUUUUGUGAUCGUCACCAAUAGUACCUCCUCAGGUGGUUCUGAGCAACCAGGGGGAUCACAGGGGACUCAAAUAGAUGGCUCCUUCAAGAUAGGUGGCGUUGGACAAAUAGAGUGUCAAGGACAGCUUGGAUCAGGAGGAUCGGGAUCAUCAGGAGGAUCAGGAUCAUCUGGAUCAUCAGGAGGAUCAGGAUCAUCUGGAUCAUCAGGAGGAUCAGGAUCGUCAGGAUCAUCUGGAUCAUCGGGGGGUAGUUAAGGUAUGGGAUCCCAACACAAGG